CUUUCUUUCUUUUUAAGUGGAUAGAUGAUUCUAGUCCACCCUCCAACACAGUAGGUGGCGGUAAUUCAUUUUAACACUGGUUGACACCCGCCGUAAAACCAACGAAGAAGAAGAAGCCAUGCAGCGGAAGUAAACAGUACAGGCACUAUUAGCGUUAGCUCAGCUCUCUGGAUGUAUGAAACUAGCAGGGAGACGAUGUUGUAGUCGUUGCGUGGAUGAAUAUUUGACUUCUAGUUAAGCAACAAUGUCUUCAGUUGAGUGUUUGAGAGAGUUUGUCAACGAGCGACUAAAUGCUGUUGCUGAAGAAAUAUUCGGAGUUUUCCAGGAAGCUGUCGUCGAGUACGAGGCAGAGAUCCAUCGUCAGCGCAGACUGCUGGAUGUCGUUUGGAAACCCGAAAUAAAGUUACACAGGAUAGAGCUCCCACAGCAACAUGUCUGUAAGGAGGAGGAGGUCCUCUCUGACCAGCAGCUCUGUAUUCAGGAGAGGAACUCCAGUCUGGACCAAGAGGACCCAGAGCCUCCACAGAUUAAAGAGGAGCAGGAGGAACUCUGCACCAGUCAGGAGGGAGAGCAGCUUGUACUGAAGCAGGAGACUGAUACCUUUAUGUUGACGCCUACUGAUGAGGAAAGUGACCACCAGCUCCUCUCUCACAACUCUCAUGUAGCUGAGAGCCAAGAUCAGAAAGGAGGCAAGCAUGGAGACUCAGGCUCAACUAGAACUGCAGAGCCAAAUCAACAGAAUCAACAGAGUCUACAUCACGAAAGCACAAGUCACAGUAACAAUGUAGACAACCCUCACCUGUCAGAGAUGCACUGUGAUACUCACACAGGUAAACAGCCUUUAAAAUGUGACACAUGUGGAAAAGACUUUCAGUAUAAAUCAAAACUAGAGACCCAUCUGACAAUCCACACAGGUGAGAAGCCGUUUGCAUGCAAAACAUGUGGGAAAGCUUUCAGAAAAAAGAGUUACUUGGUAAUGCACAUGAAAACCCACACAGGUGAGAAGCCAUAUUCUUGCGAAACAUGUGGGAAAGGAUUUACUCAGAAAUCAACAUUGAACUCUCAUAUAAGAAUCCACACAGGUGAGAAGCCGUUUGCAUGCAAAACAUGUGGGAAAGCUUUCAGAAAUAAUCGUUACUUGGUAAUCCACAUGAAAACCCACACAGGUGAGAAGCCAUAUUCUUGCAAAACAUGUGGGAGAGCUUUCACAAAUAAUUUUCAAUUGGUAAUCCACACAAGAAUCCACACAGGUGAGAAUCCAUAUUCUUGCAAAACAUGCAAAAAAUGUUUCCAAUAUAAUAGUCACUUGACACGCCACAUGAGAACCCACACAGGUGAGAAGCCAUAUUCUUGCAUAAUAUGUGGGAGAGCUUUCACAAAUAAUAGUCAAUUGGUAAUCCACACAAGAAUCCACACAGGUGAGAAGCCAUAUUCUUGUAAAACAUGCAAAAAAGAAUUCCAGCGUAAUUGUCAUUUGAAAAGCCACAUGAGAACGCACACAGGUGAGACGCCAUAUUCUUGUAAAACAUGCAAAAAAGAAUUCCAGCGUAAUUGUCAUUUGAAAAGCCACAUGAGAACGCACACAGAUGAGAAGCCAUAUUCUUGCAAGGCGUGUGGGAAAAGAUUUAAUCAGAAAUCAUCAUUAAACUAUCAUAUAAGAAUCCACACAGGGGAGAAGCUGUUUGCGUGCAACACUUGUGGAAAAUAUUUCCGAUGUAAUAGUAACUUGAAAGUCCACAUGAGAACCCACACAGGUGAGAGGCCAUAUUCUUGUAAAAUAUGUGGGAAUGGAUUUACGAGUAAAUCAUCAUUGGACUAUCAUAUAAGAAUCCACACAGGUGAGAAGCCAUAUUCUUGUAAAACAUGCAAAAAGAAAUUCCAGUGUAAUGAUAGCUUGAAAGUCCACAUGAGAACACACAUGGGGGAAAAGCUGCAUCACUGCAGCACAGAGGGUCCAGAGAUUAAAGAGUAACAGGAGGAACUAAAAGGAGUUUGACACUCCUGACUUCAGGGUUACACUCUGUAAUAAGUGUUGGAUCAUAUACUAUUUCUACACACUACCUCAGCAAUGAGGUCACUGAGGUUAUUUCUUCGUUUCUUCGUCUGUUUUGGGUUAUUGGAUUGCAAUGGGAUAGUGCUUGAUCACCUGAAUGUACAGGUGUAAAUGCAGCCAUGAUGGACAUGGCUGGUGGGAUGCUGGGCUUCAGAAGCUCGUGUGUAAUGCAUACUGGUACAUGCAGGCAGUCCCUGCACGGCUCCGCGAGCAGGAGAACUCAGCUUUAGGAUUCAGGGGGAUCUAUUGGCAGAAAUGGAAUAUAGUAUUCAUAACUAUGUUUUCUUUAGUCUAUAAUCACCUGAAACUAAGAAUCGUUGUGUGUUCAUUAGAUUAGAAUGAGCCCUUCAUAUAAAACAUAAGGAGCGUGUCCUCUUCCACUGACUUACAUUUUUUUCGUAAAUGCAUUUGUAUGAACAUGGAGAUAAUGGUAUGUGUUGUAUUUCAUUCCAAGUAAUUACAAUAAAUUAAUUUACUUCCCUUAAA